UUUCUGUCCCUCCCUGGACAUAGAUCUGUUGGCGGAAGGGAAGACACACAGAGCUGAGAGCUGGAGCAGCAAGACUGCAGGAUGGGGAGACGGGGUUCUACUGAGGAUGUGAGUGGUGCAGCUCAUCAGAUAGUACAGAAGAAAAAAUGGCACCCAGGAGUAUUACUGUUUAUUGCAGCUUUAUUAUGCUCUGCAGUCACCUUGGUAGCUGGAUGUAAUAAAGCCCUCUGUGCAAGUGAUGUCAGUAAAUGUCUCUUACAGGAACUCUGUCAGUGCCAAGUUAAGGAUGGAAACUGCUCCUGUUGUCCUGAGUGUAUACUGUGCAUGGGGAGCCUGUGGGAUCAGUGUUGUGACUGUGUUGGAUUAUGCAGCAAAAAUAAGGAAGGCAGGAAGCAUUCAGCUCGAAGAAGCUCAUUGGAAGAGCUGCCUGUCCCUGUCCCCUCUUUAUUCCGAGCUGUGAGUUCCAUGCAAGAAGGAGAGUCAGCCAUUGGAUGGACAGCUCAUACCUUUCCUAUUUUGGAGGAGCUUGCACAGAGUUCUCACAUGGACCAUAUCUUGCUAGGAGCACAUUCAGUUGUGACGGCUUUACCCUCGACAAACACAUCUGAUUUCUGCACAGUGUUGUACUUUAACUCUUGCAUGUCCAUGAGACGCUGCCAUCAGUCCUGUGAAUCUGUUGGAUCAUCCAAGUAUCGUUGGUUUCACAAUGGCUGCUGUCAGUGUGUGGGACCAGACUGUCAUGGAUAUGGAAGCAAAGAAACUAUUUGUCGGCAAUGCCAGCCCAAAGUGAUGAUGUCAGAAGGGAAAAAAGAGAGGGCUACAGUAUGAGAGGAACCUAGAAUCACCAUUGAAUAAAAGCAAAAGGGAACAAAUACACAAUACUCAAUUGCCUUAAACAUAGUUGAUGCAAAAUAAUGCGUGUAUCUUACAGACACAUCACGGCAUAUACUGUACAAGGUGGCUGCUGUUUUUGUUAAAUAAAAGAAAAUUGUGUCUUUACCAUCAAA